GGUAGCUAUGCAACAUAACGGUUUCCGGCUGCCGUAAAACUUCCGAAGAAGAAGAAGGAUGUGUUGUUGCUGUAGCUCCUGUAGCUAGAUGUCAGCAGUUGGCAAGGCGAGAGGAUAUAGUGGUUAUGUGUUACUUGAAAAGUCUUCAUCAAGUAAAGAAAUGAAGAAGAGGUUUAACAUCAACCUGGACGACUCUGCUUUCGCCAAAGAAAGAACACCACUAACGCCUCACUUUCAACCUUCAUCAUCCAAAGGAGGACAAAACGCCUCAUCUUCAUCUUCAUCUUCAGCAAAGCCUGCUGCUGAGCCCCUGGACCAGCCCUUCUCCUAUGCAGAAUACAUUGUGCAAAGUAAAAGCAAUGUGGCUGCUCCUAUUCACAGAGAGGGUCCCUCCAAACAACUCAGGACUGAAGGUGCUGGAGCUACCAGUCUGAAGCAAAGUGAGUCAGAUUCAGGGUCAUCUGCACCAGCAGGAGGAGGGUGUGAAACAGGUCAGGAGGACUGUGCUAAUGGGACUGAAGGUGGAUCUGAAGGGGGGAAGAAGAGCGAGGAGACACAAGUGGCUGGCACACACCAAAAAGAGGGGAACUGUCAUGGUGCAGAUCCAAGCCUUAGUCUGGGUCCAAAACCAGUGGGGUCUGGGAGCAGCAUUAUAGUCAGUCCUCGACAGAGGGGAAAUCCCAUCCUGAAGUUUGUGAGGAGUGUCCCCUGGGAGUUUGGAGAUGUUGUACCAGACUACGUCUUGGGACUGACGACUUGUGCUCUCUUCCUCAGUCUGAGGUAUCACAAUCUCAAUCCAAACUACAUCCACGACCGUCUCAAACAGCUUGGACAGACUUUCACCCUGCGAGUGUUACUAGUACAAGUAGAUGUGAAAGAUCCUCAUCAUACGCUGAAGGAGCUGGCUCGCAUCUGCAUCAUGGCUGACUGCACACUCAUCUUGGCUUGGAGUUCAGAGGAGGCAGGACGUUACCUGGAAACGUAUAAGUCAUAUGAAAAGAAACCAGCAGACGUACUGAAGGAGCAAGUUGAAAAGAACUAUCUGUCAAAGGUUACGGAUUGCCUGACCACUGUGAAGUCCAUUAACAAGACUGAUGCCAUUACUUUGCUGUCCACUUUCUCAUCUGUAGAAGGAAUCAUCAAUGCCUCUAAGGAAGACUUGGUUCUCUGUCCAGGCCUUGGACCACAAAAAGCACGACGACUCCAUGAUGUGCUACAUAAGCCCUUCCUCAAGUCAAAGACAAAAGAUAGCUGAAACAUUUGACAUGCUCCUGAGAAGAACUGUAUAAAGUUGGUCGUCAUGUUGAGCAGCAUGCAAACACACAUACGCUUCAGAGGACUGAAAUAAAUACUAUAAACGCUCUUGAUUUACUGAGGUGAAGAAAGAAAUGCGACUCUUCUGAGACUGAGAAUCAACCAGGGGUGUUUUAACUCUAGCUGUUAGACACUGAUUAUGUACUUUAUUGAGUUAUGGUUUGAUAUCAUGUCAAUGAUAUGUUUAUUGUUGAAUACAUUUAAUGAAAAUAAAUAUUUUUGUAUUUUUGUA